CUGGUCAACUGGUCAGUUUGCCUUCAGCUGAAAACACUUCAUGACCUACAAACCAGAGUAAGUUGAAGAAGUUACGAUGUGGCACAUUUGGAAAAAUCCAUUUGGCAAAAUGCCAUCAAGUUCAAGGUCAGCCAGCUGUUUGACAGCAGAUAAAAAAGUCGCGGUUGUAAAGAAGAACUCGGAGGGCUUUGUGGUGCAAAAGAGCGACAUACUGUGCAGCAACACUAGUCGCUACCUCAUUCAGGACUUCACCGGUGAAGGGUGCUUUGGCAAAGUUGCUAAGUGUGUGAAUUUAAUCACAUCACAGGACGUGGCCCUCAAGAUUCUAAAGACUGAGGAUAGUGUGGUCACUAAAAGAGAGAUCAAAAUGCUGGAGGUUGUGAGUGUUCUUGACCCAGUCAAGAAGAAUGUGGUUCAGUUCUUUGAAAAGUUUGAACAUGAAGGGCAUACCUGUCUAGCUUUCGAAAUGCUAGACGGGAGUCUUUUUCAACUGUUCAAGGACAGACACUGGAAGCCACUGUCUCUCAGUGAGAUACGGCCAAUUGCACAGCAGUUGCUGACGGCCUUUGACGCCCUGAAGGGCAUUGGAGUCGUUCACUCGGACCUGAAGCCAGAUAAUAUAAUGCUGGCAAACCACCUGCAUGUGCCCUUCAGAGUGAAACUGAUAGAUUUUGGCGUGUCCUUCACUACCUCAGAAGUGACACAUGGGCUGGUGAUUCAACCUCUGGGUUACAGGGCACCCGAAGUCACCCUGGGUCUCCCCAUCUCCGAGGCCAUAGACAUGUGGGGUCUUGGCUGUGUGCUCGCCUUCUUAUACCUCGCCGACAACCUGUUUGCGACACACUGCGAGUACCAGACAAUGAGAGGCAUUGUUGAAAUACUGGGCCAGCCAGCUGACCACCUCCUCUGUGCUGGCAACAACACCCACAAGUACUUCAAGCUGAACCAGCACUGGGACAACCCAAAAUGGUGGCUGAAGACCCCAAGGGAAUACCAGCUUGACACCGGUGUUGCACCUAAAAGAUGGGAGAGGUCUUUUAAAAGCCUGGAUGACCUGAUAACACUCCACCCAGAGAUGCAGGAAUCCAUUCAGCUGGAGGAUCAAACAGCAUUUAUGAGCCUUCUGAAAGGCCUUCUACAUACGGACCCUGAGAAGAGGAUCACUCCUGAGAGGGCUCUCAAGCACCCCUUUAUCACAAUGGCCCAUCUGGUGGAUGAGAUGGACACCAGCUUGUAUGUGGACAACUCCUUUGACAAAAUGCUGGUCUGUCCAAUGGAUGACUUAGAAGAGGAACUUCCUCCUGACGGCGAGGAUGAUGAAGAGACCAAAGGUGAAGCGCCUUCAGUCCCGCCUCGUACAAAUGGUGCAGGCUCAGCCACUCUUCGCUCCUGUGACAUCACAAACAUGCCUCGCUCAAAUGACGGAGCAGCAGCUGCUGGAGUUGUAGACACUACUGGCUCAGCUGAAGAGGAAUCAGGUGCAGCCAGUCCAGCUGAGGAGACAUCGGCCGCUGACGGGUCACCUGAUGAAGGUCCACCUGUCAAAGAUAAGAAGAGCCGGCUGAAGAGAAUCCGGAAAUUCUUUGGCAGGGCGAUAAGGACCCUGUUUGCCCAGUAAAUCAUUACAAUGCAACUUUGAAUUUUUUUAACUGAUGUCCAUAAACAGCAAAUUUACUUUAACCCCUUCCUCUGUGUGCUUUGGAGAUGACACCAUGAUUGUUUGAUGAAUUCAAUAAUAACACAAAUGCUAUAACACUAGUUAAAAGAUAUCAGUCUUCCAAGUGCAAAACAACAACAUGACCUUAUGUGCCUGCUUGUGCAUAUCAUUCAUGUACACUUGUUGGUGUAAAUGAUAGUCUGUUUAUUUGGAUAGUCUGCCUACGGAUAGUUUAUAUAGAGUAUUUGUAACAUUUCAACUGUUUCGCUUUGUCUGUAGAUGUUUAACAGAUUAUAAAUAGAGUGUAUGUGACAACUCAUGAAUAAACGCUAACGAAGAUGUUUUUUGUGCCUAAACCUAACCAAACCUAGAAAAUGGUUUUAUUUGUGAAACAGUUGAAUUGUUGAAUCUCAACUAAUAAGCUGUGGAAAUGUUACAAAUACUCCAUAAACUAUCUAUAGGCGGACAAUCCAAAUAAAGUGUAACCAAGUUUGGUAUGUUGUUUUUUGAAAGUAUAAGAAUGGUUCUAUUCUGCUCUAUUAUGUCACAUUCAAAAGAAAGAGCUAUUUCUGCACUACUAAUACAGAACAAAUUCAUUAAGGGGGAGCCUCUACACUGCCAACCCCUGCAGGUAUUAUGAAGUCUUUUUUGUCCAGUAUUUCUGUAGCAUUUUCCAGCCUCAAUGGUAACUUCAGAUAUGUAUCAAUAAAUAACUGUUUCUAGCCCUUGAGGCAAGAAGUCUGUCUAAUAAAACAAGGAAAUGAGGCAGACUGAUGCAACUGCUCAUAGAUAAAACAUUUUUGUAUGUGCAGCUCUUCACCAGCAGAUGGUGUAACA